UGAGCCUGUCGACGUCAUUACACUUAAACUUUCACUUUCAGCUUCCUCCAACUAUCGGCUCCGCUUCUCACCACUUAACCAUAGCAUACUUACCCUAUAAUGUUUUUUUAGUUUAUAAAUAAGGUUACUUGACAUGUUUCUCUCGGUUCAGAACAGAAGCAGCUUGGAUUUCCCCUCAUUUUUGACAGUUUAACGGACGAACAAUAAGAUGUCGCCGCCUGUGACAUCCAUGAUGUUGGUCUGUUGUUUACUGGCUGCUGUGUCCGCAGACUCCGAGAUUAUACUCUACAAGAGGGUGGGCGAUGAAGUUGUCCUCAAACCAGGUACUGCCUCUGUGCCUGGCAUCAUCACCAACAUCAUGUGGAAAGAUGGUCCUAACAUCGCCAUCCAGUGGGAUGGAACAGAUAUUUAUCUUUAUCGUCAGUUCAAUGAACGUGGUAGCCUGAACACUUCAAGUGGAGAGAUGACAAUCACAGGACUGACUCAAGAUGACAGUGGAGUGUACACACCAGAAAUCAACAACAAGAAAGCCAGUCCAACUCAUCUCAUCGUCAUCUUUCCCGUCCCUGUACCCACUGUUAUUAAAUCCUGUGAUGAUGAGAAGACCAGCUGUACUUUGACCUGUUAUGGAGAAACCACAGAAAACACAGGCACUGUCACCUACAGGUGGAAGUUAGGUGACAAAGUGUUGACAAAUUCAUCAAAGGAGCAACACAUUACAAAGGAGAACAGUUCGAAUAUAAAUGAGUUCAGCUGUGAGCUGGAGAAUCCAGUCAGUCAGGAGAGCAGCCAACCCCUCCCCAACCCUUUCACCACAAUACCUGAAAUUCCAGCACGAGUAGGCAAUCGGAAAAUUUCCACAGGAGUCACAGUCUUCAUCUCUCUGCUGGCAGCUCUACUGGUGCUGGUUUUCAUUCACAGAUGUAAAGCAGGAAUGUGGUUCUUCCAAAAAGCAUCCAUGCCAUGGGAAGCAGACUUCUGGAGGAAGAAUGAGAGGCCACGAAGAGAUGUUGCUGAAUCUAAUGGCACCACUGCUCAUUGGGAGAAGGGACAAACAGACGAAGAAACACCGAUGACGUAGGCGGCCAAACAACGCCAAGUAAUGGACCCGUCAGGUGUAAAACAAGACGAUUCAAGAAGAUCCAGAGUGAAGCUGAAAUGUUUCAGGAAAUCCAGAAGUGUACAUGUACUUCUGGAUUGGUCUGUCCUGUGUUUACAGUGCACAAAUUAUUGAAAAUCCCUUAAUAGCAGUGUCAGCUCCAAUGCUUCAAAUCGAAAAUUAAUAAUAAAGCAAAAAGUGAGAGGGGAAUUAUCCUAAAGCUACUUUCAAAAAAUAGGUUUUUGAUAUUGUUUAUGCCGUUUGAAGCCACAAAACUGAGCAAAAGUGGGUAUCAAGGCAUAUUCAAGACUCAGCCUUGCUCCUCUUUUACUCUACAUGUUGCAGUAAAUAUAUUAAAUCUGCUGCUACUCAUUUUAAACAGAAUACAUUGGUUUAUACAGCAGCUAUUACCUGCUGGGACCUACUAAGUCACAUGUAUUAAACUUUUAACAUUUAAAAGACACUAAGAAAUAUUGAAGUUAUUUAGAAUGACAUAAAAUAAAUAAAUAGCCCAUAAUGUAAUAAAAGCACUGACAAAGAGAAAAGCUUUUAUAUGUGAAGCAGAGCUCUUAUCUUCCUGAGGUCGGUUUCUAGACAAUAGGAGGAAACCCUGCAAAGUGCCCUUUCCUGUGACUGACAUACCUGACACCAACUGGUACCUGGAGCUCAUUAAACCCCCCCUGCCUGAGGAUGAUUUGUGAUUUGAGGCAGGUCUGGUGUGGAUUCAUGCAGCCUCACAGUGUUAGAGAAGAGCUUGGACUGUGUGGGGAGGAAGUGGACUGAUAGCAGAGGGGAAAAAGGGACGUCAUUGUCUGGUUUGGGCCGUCAGCUCAACCAACAAGCAAGGCUUUGUACAGUACUUUACCGCUGACUCCUCAGCAACAGCUACUAUGUGUGUGUGUUUAUGGCAAGUAUAUGAGCAAAAUAUUAGUGAGAUUUCAAGCUCGAACAAUCAUUAUUUUUUACUUUUUUGUUGUUUUUUGUUUGUUUUUUUGUCAUUGAAUGUUUAUUAUCACUUCCCUUACAAUGUAUGUGUAUUCUGCAUUUAGCUUUCAAUUCUGAAGGACAGAGUUGAAAUGUUUGGUUUUUUGACUUUCCGACACACUGUGUGUGCAAUAGAUGUGGAUGACCGGUUUGUUUUGCCCUUAAUAUUUUUUUCAUAUUCUUUUUUUGUCGUAGUUUAAAAUACAAUACAGCUGAAAAUGUUAGGCUUUUGGUUACAAGACUGCCCCUUUUAAAGGGACAGUUCACCCCAAAAUCAAAACUCCAUAUUUUUCCUCAUACCUGUAGUGUUAUUUAUCCAUCUAGAUUGUUUUGGUGCGAGUUGCAAAGUUUUGGAGAAAUCGGCCGUAGAGAUGUCUGCAUUUUAUAAUAUAACAGAACUAGAUGGCACUCGGCUUGCGGUGCUCAAAGUGACAAAAAAACACAUUUUAAUCUCAACAGUAGUGUCUCUUUCCAGAAAUCAUGACCCGGUUACUUAAGAUAAUCCACAGAUUUGUUAUGAGCAGUUUCAUAUAGGAACUUUUUUCUUUCUACUGAUAGUUACAUGUCUUUCCAACAGUAAAAUAAAGGAAUAAAUUAAAUCUUAAUUAAUUAGAUUUCUGUCUGUAGUCCAAAGUUGAACCACUUGAGGGCAGUCUGUGCACACAUAGCUUUACAUUUACUUAUGUCCCCUUAAUCACUUCAGUUUAUAGCUCAGUAUCCCUUAGAUUUAGACCAAAAAAAAAAAGCAAGCUUAGAUUUAAGGCUCCUUAAAUAUACUUUAAAAUAAGUGGUGGGGAGGAACAUAAGCAACAUUUAGGGCUCGACUUUGAUCUCAUACAAAUCAAAUUCAGUUGUUUUACUCCCUAAAGUUAAGUUUAAAUGGGUUUUAAGGUAUAAUAAAAAGAAGUUUUGUUCCCAAGUGAUUUUACAAUGUUUCUACAGGCCCAUCCUCUCAGUGAAAGUAUUCAAAUUUCAAUAUUUAAAAAAAGUAAAGGCAGCCAGUGUUGCAUUUGACAAACCAAACAAAGGUCCACAUUUAAACAAUGUCAAUUUCACACUAAAUGAAAUAAACCUCAGCAAAAGGAAGGCUGAAUCUGGUACAAAUGCAACACUGAAUGACUGACCAUCUGGGUGAACUGCUGAGUCAUUGCUUACUCAAAGGACUUAAGGCUAAAGGGCAAGACUGCAGACUUUACAGCAGCAAACAACUAAAUACAACUCUCACUUAGAUUACUCUGCCUGACAGAAUCUCCCAUGUUUCCUUCCUUGGAUAGUAGGUCUGUAGACACACAGUUAAACACAGAGCAUUUUCCAGAACAAGGAAAAAACUGGGCCCUGUUCUUCAAAUGUGGCUUAACUAAUUCAGGCUAACAUGCUGUUAUCAGGCAAAAAUAAUCCUGUUUAUUCUCAUCCAGCUAAUUUGGUUCUUGACCAAAGCAGUUUGGGGAUUGAUUUGUUAAUUCUGGAUGAAGUUAUCUUGAGCAACAGUGUGCACUUAUUUUGAAAUAAAGGCAAAAUGAGUAGAGAGUUUAAACCAUGAUCAGCAUUCAUAUGAUUGGUUGAUUGGUGGUUGGUUCCUUCAUUUUGUUUUACAUUUUGCUACAGUGUUUCCACACUUUGAUCACUGUUAAACAUUAGAUAUUACCAGUGAAUGUGGUCAGACAACAAGCGAUGUUGGUGCUUGAUUGAUGAGGUUGUCCCCAAUGGACGUGCAGAAACUUUUAAGUGAUAAUCAUAAGCCUGCUAUGAAAAUGAAGCUACUAAAAUCUCUUUGAAAAUCAGCUUUAAUUGCAUGAACAAUUCUAAGCAAAUUGAGUUCUGCAGUUAGUCUUUUAAUAGUCUAGAAUAUUUUAGUUGAGUUUGUCUUUGUGCUUAUAGUAUCAACUACAUUUGGAUUGGUUCUUUUUUAAUGUACAAACUUUUAUUUUGUGGUAUAUUUGAUCAUGUAUAAAUGUAGGUGACUCUUCACUGUGAAAAUUAAACUGAUAAUUACAUCAA